AUGAACACUGCAGGCAGCAUGCCGCAUGCAACCUUCUUCUCCACGUCGAAGUCGGACGAGCUGUCCCCUGUUGACCUUCUGCGGGGUCUGGUGACAUACACGCUGAGCCUGAGGGGAGGAUCCGAUCACUGGGCAAGGAAACGAGGACUGGAAGCAGCGUCGGGGUUGCCGGGAGAGCAGGUCGUUGAGGAUGCGGGCGUUGGGAAGGAUGCCCUUCCAGACCAUCUUCUUGCUCUCGACGAUGAGGAAAUGGAGGAGGACCUCCUGGUUCAGCUCUCGUCCUCGUCUGGGGACGGCGCUGAACCAGCCAUGUACCACGAUCCCUUCGACGAGGAAGUCCACCCCAACUUUGACGCCCCGGAGGUCAAGGGGCUGGACUGGAAUAGCUCUGUCAAGAAACAGUCGCAGAUAUGGAAGAAGAGGAGGCAGAGCAGAGUGAGAAGCGCGGAAGAAACCGGUUUCUCUGAUCACAGCAAUACUAGUGAUCUUCACAGGAACUAUGGCUUGACCGCCCUGUCUCCUCCCUUGUCCAACGUCAGCCUGUCGGAGUCCAGCACCUCGAGCUGGGAUCCGUUCGGCCCCGACGACGAGUGUCAGGAUGUGCAAGUCGAGGACGAGGAUGGGAGGGUCCGCAAUGUGACGCGAGUGAAGAUCGGGAAUCUGAAAGAGAUCCCAGAGGUUGAGGGGACAGCCGGCGGGGCGAAGGACGCUGAGUUGCUCUUGCAGUUCGGCGAACUUGACUCGGAGCACGUGUACAACGAGCACAACAGCUCCUUGCUGCUUCUGCAGGGCGGGUGGAACAGGACGGGCGCAGUGAUUCAUGUCCCUUGCGUGAAGGCCAAGGGGACGGGGAGGACAGGGCUGCCGACUUGGGCAAGCUUGCAGGAGGUGAACAUGUCUGCCACAAAGACGUUGUGGUCUGGCCUCGAAGCAAGCUCCAAUUGUUUGGUGAAGACUCGCGGUGUCGGCGCAGGCGCCCAGUCUGCCCGCGACAAGCAAGCCGCUAAGUCGCAGCAACAAGCACGAGCGCUACACGACGGCCUUGGAGAGGUGCAGGACAUGGCCGGCGCGAUAGAAACGACCCAAAGCAAAGCCAAGGAGCAGAUUGACGAGCUGCGCAAGAGCCUCGAGGCUGAGAGGCAAGCCCAUGCUGCCGCCCAGCAUGCCCGCAAGCAAGCCAUCGACACCAUCAAGGACCUCGAGGCCAGCAUACAGAAACUGCAGACGGAGCUAAGCAGUGAAAGAGAGACACGCAUGAAGCUGGAGUCGCUUCAAGCCAGCCUCGCACGAGAGCAGGCACCGCAGACCUCUGCCGUCCCUCCAGCACAGAGCGGAGCAUCCCCAAGCUCCAGAGCUGACCUCCCAGUCGCCAGGCCGUACACAAGGCCCGCCCGGGACCCGCGGCUGGCGAAGCGCCAGGCACCUGGGCCAGAGCCUGGAAGCUGCAUCUUCAGCGAGGCGUACGUGAGCCUCAAGGGCAUGCCAGGCAAGCACAUGGACCCUCGCUAUCAUGGUUGGCUGCCGUAUGAUGACGCCUUCGAGAUCAAAGACAGCUUGACUGUGCUCUGUGACGGGGUAGGAGAGGGAGGCUAUCGGUCAGGGAUCUUUGCGAGGAAGCUUGUGGAGAGCAUGGCAAGGCCUGUCGACAUGCUCGGCGAUCUCUUUGAAAAGCUUGAGUACUGCAUCCAGAGGAUGCGCAUGCCUCAGACCUCUUCCUAUCACGACAUCCUGGAACUUGCAUCUUCGACUGUGGUAGCGCUUCAGCUCAAACCGGGAAGAGACAGUGACGAGAUCAUGAUCGAUGCUCUCGAGCUGGGCGACAGCCAGUGGGCGCUGCUGACCUUGGACGCUUCUCGACGCAGGGCUCGGUGCGAGUACCUGUCGCCCCCUCGCUUCCACUCUCCGCACGACAACGGCAAGAGACCUCCGUACCAGGCGGGGAUGAACCAAGGGCACAUGCGGCAGUACAGAGACAGGAAGAACGAGAUCUUGCAGCGGAUGUAUGCGCGAUCAGGCGACAUCAUCGUAGCAGGAAGCGACGGCUUCUGGGAGAACCUGGGCUCGGACGACCACGCGAGGAGAUCGGCCUUGGAGACGAUGUCGGAGGAGGUACUUGGUGACUUCGGACACGGGGGCUUCGUCGAGGGUCUUGGAGGAAGGCUGCGGGAGAGGACGGAGAACAGGAUGGAUAGGUCGAUGGGGAAGAAGGACGAUCUGACUCUGAUCGUGUCUCGCAUGACAGUGUCUCGAGGGCAGCAGCAGAGAGGGGUUGAGGUCCGCAUGGAGAGUCUUUCCGAGGGCGACUGUGACAUAAACCUUGACGAGGUCACGAGGGGUAUCGCCAAGUACUGUUCAGUGCGGCAGCGCGUUCAUGACCGCGACUGA